CCCGGUUGUUCAAAACUCGGUUAUCUUAACCGCCGGUCUGCCAUCGUGAUGACGCCUAACCAGACUCCAGCUGUAGCCUCCACCAGCCAGACCUCAGCUGUAGCCUCCUCCAGCCAGACUCCAGCUGUAGCCUCCACCAGCCAGACCCCAGAUGUAGCCUCCACCAGCAAGACUCCAUCUACAGCCUCCACUUCUGAGACCACAACUGUCUCCACACACUGGACAAGGAAGGAGCCAAGUUCAUGUGAGAAGGUGUACGAGCGGCAGCAGCAAGUUCUGUCUGGAGAACUGAAGCUACAGGCGCUACAGACGCAGAAACUGCUUCUCCAAAUAAAGGUGCUGGAAAUGCUAGAGGGCAAACAAGUUUCCGAAGAGAUGACACCAUCCCAGAUACUAAUGUCACUAAUGCAAUAAGAUAUUGGAAAUAAGAAAAAUUUUCGUUGUUGAGUAAAGAAAUAAAGCUUUAUUUUAUUUCA